AUGGACGCGGAUGUGCCUGUCAACGGAUCAGGUCUAGCUACCGUUGAAUCGCUUGAGGAGUCUGUCCUCGUCCCGGCUGUUGAUUUGGAUUCUGCCGAUGAGCAUGCGACUCCUAUGAUAACGCCUGUUCACCAAGCACUCUUGGUGGCCGAUGGACUAACUGGAGCUGUUGCAAUUUCUGGGUUGCCGAUACUUGAUUGCGCGGACACAAUCACUGCCGCUGUCAACCUAAGGGGGUUCUCGAAGGAACAGCUAGGGGCUAAUUUCACAGUGAUCGACACCUCGUUGGCGGAAGAGGCUAUCAAUCUAUUCCGCCAGGGUCCUCAGAAUGCCAUGUCGUACGAGCAGCGCUGGUCUGCGAGCAACCUAGGCCUGCUGGUUGCAUGGCUCAAAGCCGGCCUCAAAGCUGCCGACGAUGAAGCGACUAAGCCAGCAGUUCGAAAGCUCAUCGCAUCAGUUUUACAGGGUGCCCUCUCGGCGAUUGAGACCGAGUCUACGAGCAGGAAGUUGUCGCGCGAGUUGUCUCACUCAAUGAUUAGCCCCGAAAUGCGCGCUAUGAACGAGGGUCUUUCGAAAUGGGCCCAGAAUGCACACGCCGAGCUGCAAGAGCAGCUUGACUUGGCUUUCUCAGGACGUCGUUGGAGGAAGUUGGGAUGGUGGAAGCUGUUUUGGCGCGUAGAUGACGUUGCGAUGCUGACAAACGAGAUCUUGAGCCAACGCUUCUUGCCUACAUCGGAACAGGAGCUGGUGUAUCUCACUGGACGGAUUGCCCAACUUCAAGGCGGAGCUGGACAGUAUUCGCAGCCUACAUCUUCUCGCGAGGCUCUUCCUGAGGGUCCGUCAGCUGGCUCUGCCAAAAACGAGCCGGUGAUUCCCGUUGUCCCUCGAUCACAUCUUCCCAAGUGGCCUGGACACAUAGCGUUUACGCGACGCUAUAUUCAGAACGAGACAGUUCCCGCCCUUCAGUCACUGGCUCAACAGUUGGUUGUCCAAUCCCUAGCCACGUCGUCCGUCACAUCGUGUCUGGCAGCACUACUAUACGUAUCGUCAUUUUCAUCAACGAUAUUUGAGGCCAGUGCUGUAGCGGCUCUCGGCGUUGUAUACAGCCUUGGCCGAAUGCAGAAAAAAUGGGAGACAGCUCGUGAGUUUUGGGAGGGCGAGGUUCGGGAAGAAGGCCGCAAAGCCAUCAGAGCUGCGGAAGAGAGUGCCGGAGAGGUCCUCGACGGGGUUCAAAAAAAUAAGCUGUCGACCCAGAGAAUCAAGGAGUUGGAGCAAGCUAGUGAAUUGGUGGCCAAGGCGGAAGACGCGCUGGCACGGCUAAAAUAG